AUGCAAGCUCUUUUCGUUUCUGUUCCGCUGUACCAGGAAAGACAUAUUGUUUGCGCGCGCGCUGCAACUCGAGCACCGUUCCCGCUGCGUACGCCUCGUAACGGGUGCUUCGCAGCUGGACAUCGUCACCACUGCCAGCAUCCGCUUCCUUUGGUGGUGCAGCGUUUGCCUGUAGCGCGCCGGCACCACGCGCUGCAUCUUCGUAUGGGCCCGAAACAGUCGCAGAUCGCCGUGAUCACUGGCGCGUCCUCUGGGGUCGGUCUGUAUGCAGCUCGCGCUCUGAUCAACAAGGGCAACUGGCACAUCGUCAUGGCAUGUCGUGACGUCGACCGGGCGGAGCGCGCAGCAAACAGCGUAAACCUUCCAAAAGACGCCUAUACAGUGCUGCAUUGUGAUCUGGCUGAUUUCGCCUCUGUGUUGAAGUUUGUGAGAGAGCUGUCAAGUGUGGCGCGCGUCGACCACCUGGAUGCCCUGAUCUGCAAUGCCGCAAUCUGGCAUCCGCGGGACAAGAAACCGCGUUUCACGGUGGACGGCAUCGAGGAAACCAUGCAGGUAUGCCAUCUGAGCCAUUUGCUUCUAUGUCGGGAGCUGUUGCCGAAGCUGAAAAUAUCGCGCGGGCGCAUUGUGUUUCUGACGACUCAGACACACUCGCCGAAUUCGUUGCCGGGAAAGAUUCCCCCGCAGGCUCGUCUCGGUGAUUUGUCUGGUCUAGCCGCGGGGCUUGGUCCGCAGACGACGGGCAUGGUGGACAGUGGCCCGUUUGAGCCCACAAAAGCCUACAAAGACGCCAAAGCCGCGAACGUGUUGACAAUGAAGGCGCUUAGUGAUCGAUACGGCCGCGACGGGGUGACCUCUGUGGCGAUUUUUCCGGGAUGUGUCGCCGACAGCAACCUCUUCCGCGAAAAGCGUGGCUGGUUCCGCUACGUAUUCUUCCCGAUUCUUCAGAAGUACAUCACUCGGCAAUACGUUCCGAAUGAUGAGGCCGGCCGCCGCGUAGCCGAAGUGGCGACCCAGGGACAGUUCUCGGACUCGGGCUCGUAUUAUCAGUGGCGUGGCAAAUAUACGGAAGGUCGAGAGAAGACGAAACCGCAGGUUAUUGAACCAACAUACGAAAUCGACAAGGCAGAUCAGCUUUACGAACUGAGUCUUGAUCUGAUCGACCAGGCGUUACGGCGGCGAGGCCUCAAGUCGACUAUCUUGGCCCCUGUCUAA